AUGAGCCUGAACAAAUCGUCUGAGUUCGGAGCUCUAGGCUAUGCCGAGUCGCAACGAGCUCGUGCUGGCCUGAGGCUGGACAAGAAAUCAGCGAUGUGGCGGACUCAUUCCGCCUGCAGUCGAGCGAGCCCUGCGGAGCUGCCCAAUUCUUCUGCUAGAUGCUAG